CUUUCUUAUUGUUAAUCUAGACGACAUGACAGGAUACCAAGCAUUCCCUGUUUUAAACCAGCAAUUUAUUGUUGAUAGAAAAUACCAGUUCAUUCGUGAAAUGGGCCAAGGUGCCUACGGUGUUGUUUGUGCAGCCAAAGAUACUGAUUCCGACGAGCAAGUGGCUAUCAAGAAAGUGUGUCGUAUCUUUGAAAAGACCAUUUUGUCAAAGAGAGCUUUACGUGAAGUCAAAUUACUAAAGUUUUUCAAUGGUCAUGAGAAUAUCACUUCUGUAUUGGAUAUGGAUAUUGUCAACUUGCAAGACUUUAACGAAAUUUACCUUGUACAAGAAUUAAUGGAAGCUGAUCUCCAUCAAAUCAUUCGAUCGGGUCAACCAUUGACAGAUGCUCAUUUCCAGUACUUUGUGUACCAAAUUUGUAGAGGGCUCAAAUACAUUCAUAGUGCCAAUGUAUUGCAUAGAGAUUUAAAGCCAGGAAACUUAUUGGUAAAUGCCGAUUGUGAAUUAAAAAUUUGUGAUUUCGGUUUAGCUCGUGGUUAUUCUGAGAAUGCAGAGCAUAACGUUGGUUUCAUGACUGAAUACGUUGCAACAAGAUGGUACAGAGCUCCCGAAAUUAUGCUUAGUUUUCAAAACUAUACAAAAGCCAUCGAUAUGUGGUCGGUUGGUUGUAUUUUCGCUGAAAUGCUUGGUGGAAGACCUCUUUUCAAAGGAAGAGAUUAUGUGGAUCAAUUGAACCAAAUCCUUGGUAUUCUUGGUACUCCCGAUGAAGAGACUUUAAGUCGUGUUGGAAGUGACAGAGCUCAAGUGUAUAUCCGCAGUUUACCUAUAAUGCCCAAGAUUCCAUUUGAAAACUUAUACGCCAGAGCUAAUCCUAUGGCGAUUGAUCUUUUGAACAAGUUGUUGGAAUUCGAUCCAUCUAGACGUAUUACUGUAGAAGAAGCACUUGGUCAUCCCUACCUUAGUGCUUAUCACGAUGAAGAUGACGAGCCAACGCAUUCAAGUACAUUUGACUUCUCUUUCGAGGUGGUUGAUUCUAUUGAAGAAAUGAAACGUAUGAUUGCUCAAGAGGUCAUGUCUUUCAAGGCAACCAAACAAUCUCAGCGUCCCGCUGCUAAUACCGCCAAUGUAAAGAGACGUGAAAGUAUGUCUGCUCAAGAUCGUGAAACAUUGGCAGCAGCAGCUCAAGCAAGAGCUAACCACGAAUCCAAUUCUGUUACUGCUGAAGGUAAUGCCGCUUCGAUUGCUGAAACAGCUGUUCAUCCCCCAACAAACCAUAUGGAAGUGGAUGAUUUGGAGAGGGAGUUAAGUGGCGCUGUCUAAUAUAUACCUUUUUUAUAUAAGUAUGUGUGUGUGGGUGGAUCAAAUGUUUAUGAAAAUAUACCACGUUUCACAAUAAUAGUACUCUUUCUUUUUUUUUAUAUAUAUAUAUUAAUGGGUGAUGUUAGUAUCUAAAGUGUGGGGGGCAUUCUAU